AUGCCGGGGACAGUGGCAGAUGGACCUACGGUCUCCAUGUCUUUUGCCAACAAUUUUUGGGGCAGAGAUGAUGCAGGACUUCAACCAAUGUUGGACCGUGUGCAUGGUUCAAAGAUCACAAACGACGAACUGAAAGUUUUCUACAACAUUCGAGCCUCUAUCGAAGACGAAUAUGCACGGAAACUCCAAGCUCUGUGUCGCAAGUCCUUGGGAUCAUGCGAGACAGGGUCGCUCCGAGCGUCACUCGACGUGGUUCGUGGCGAGACUGAAGCCAUUGCUAAGGCACACGCCGCCAUUGCGGGGCAAAUGAAGAUAGAAUUGGAGGAACCACUUGGCGCUUUUGCUAGUGGUAUUAAGGAGAGACGAAAGAUUAUUCAACAGUGCAUUGAGCGCUUACACAAGACUAAAAUGCAACAGACACAGCUUGUCAACAAAACGCGUGAUCGUUACGAGCAGGAUUGUCUCCGCAUCAAGGGAUACCUCGCGCAGGGCCAUAUGGUCAUGGGCCAGGAAGAGCGCAAGAACAAGGCUAAGCUAGAGAAGACUCAGAUCCAGAUGGCAUCAAAUAGCCAAGAAUAUGAAGCGGCCGUCAAACAACUUGAGGAGACAACUGGACGCUGGAAUAAGGAAUGGAAGUCAGCAUGCGACAAAUUCCAAGAUUUGGAAGAGGAACGUUUGGACUUCACAAAAAGCAGUCUGUGGACCUACGCGAACAUUGCUUCAACUGUUUGUGUCAGCGAUGAUGCUUCCUGCGAGAAAGUCCGUCUGUCCUUGGAGAACUGUGAAGUCGAGAAGGAUAUUAUUUUCUUCAUCAAGGAGCAAGGAACUGGCCAAGAGAUCCCGGAUCCACCCAGGUUCAUCAACUUCUGCAAAGAUGAUGACUCGGGCUCUGAUAUGGAUGAAGCCGACGGCUACUCCGUAGCCCAGUUCCAGCGCACCAUGAACCCUGCAUUCCGCACAUCCUCUCCUCAACCCUCAACAUUCGAUUCACACCAUGACCCACAGUCAGACCUCGCAGCUCAAAUGGGACAUCCUGCUCCUCCUGCCGUUGGCAAUGCGCCGCCACCUCAGCAGCAACCGCCACCCUUGCAGCAGCAUCAACCGCCACCCUUGCAGCAGCAUCAACCGCCACCCCCACAGCAGCAUCAGCAGCCACCCCCACAGCAGCAUCAGCAGCAGUUCAUGCAGCAGCAGCCUCUCAUGCACCAACAGCCGCCCCCACAGCAGCAGCAGUUUAUGCAUCAGCAGCCCCUCAUGCACCAGAAGCCUCCUAUCCAACAGCAGCCUCUGAUGCAACAACAGCCUCUCAUGCACCAGAAGCCUCCUAUCCAACAGCAGCCUCUGAUGCAACAACAGCCUCUCAUGCACCAGCAGCCUCCUAUCCAACAGCAGCCUCUGAUGCAACAACAGCCUCUCAUGCACCAGCAGCCUCCUAUCCAACAGCAGCCUCUGAUGCAACAACAGCCUCUCAUGCACCAGCAGCCUCCUAUCCAACAGCAGCCUCUGAUGCAACAACAGCCUCUCAUGCACCAGCAGCCUCCUAUCCAACAGCAGCCUCUGAUGCAACAACAGCCUCUCAUGCACCAGCAGCCUCCUAUCCAACAGCAGCCUCUGAUGCAACAACAGCCUCUCAUGCACCAGCAGCCUCCUAUCCAACAGCAGCCUCUGAUGCAACAACAGCCUCUCAUGCACCAGCAGCCUCCUAUCCAACAGCAGCCUCUGAUGCAACAACAGCCUCUCAUGCACCAGCAGCCUCCUAUCCAACAGCAGCCUCUGAUGCAACAACAGCCUCUCAUGCACCAGCAGCCUCCCAUCCAACCGCAGCCUCUCUUGCAACAGCAACCGCCGUUAGAGCCACAACCCGAGCAACCGGCGCCUUUAGACUUCCGCCGUGGAGGUGCACCGCCUCCGAACUAUGAUCCCGAGCAACAUGGAGAGAUUGGAGCUGUUCCUCACAACGCAUACCCCACAGAUGGUAUGACCAUGUUCUGUCGUGCCGGGCCACCCUCAGAGCGAAGCUCAGCGACGAGCGCGUAUCGACCAUCUAGCCGUGACUCUCAGAGCGAAGUUUCGAACUCAACCUCCAUCUCCAGUGUCGAGGAAACCCCUACCAAGAAGUCUGUAGUAAAGCCAACAAACAGUGCGCCGAUGUCAAUUUCCGGGGAUGACAAAUCACCAAAAAAGAAGAGUGCUUUCUUCAGCAACAGCCCCUUCCGUCGCAAGAGUCGCCAUGACAAAGAAAGGCCUGUUAUUGCUUCACAGCAAGUCGUCUCUCCACAGGCGGUUGUUUCACCCCAACCAGCUUCGCGUGGUGGUUGGGAUUCCCCGACAAAGCAAAUGAGUCCGACGAAGCAAACUAGCCCACCCAAGCAAAUGAGUCCCCCAAAGCAAGUGAGCCCACCCAAACAAGUCGUUAGCCCGCCCAAGCAAAUCAUCCCGCCCAAGCAAGUUAGCCCACCCAAGGAAGUCAGCCCACCCAAGCAGGCUAGCCCAACCAAACAAGUCAGCCCAGUCAGGCCUUCAGCAGGCCCGCCGGGUCGUGCCUCUGGGAGCCCGGAACCUGUUGAUCCUCGAGCCAACUUCCAGCUUAAUGUUGGGAAUAAUGUCUUUGAUGUCGCAUCCCCAGAAAAGAGUUCACCCCAGAAAGGAGCACAGCCAAACCAGGCAUCUGAGGAUGACUUGGACCCUAUCGCGCGGGCUCUAGCAGACCUCAAGACAAGCGGUAAGCAAUCGGCUACUCGGGUAUCAGCAGAUAGAUAUCAUGGCAUCUCUACACCCACUCCUUCCACACAAUCCUCCGCCUAUGGUGGCAGUAAUGCUAGCGUUGCUGCUCCGCCACCAGCAUACAAUGAUCCCGCAGUCAAGCGACUUGGCGCACCUCAACCGGCCUUUACGGCAAAGCAAAUGCACAAGACCACUCAGAAGUAUACUGGUCAAACUCAGAGCAUGCUUCGAGGACAAAACAGCAGCAUGGGGUCUAGACAUAGCGGCCAAACCCAAGAAGCCCCCCGAGCUAGGUCGCCAGCACCAGCACCCCGAGCUAGAUCGCCAGCACCAACAUCCCGAGCUCGAUCGCCAGCACCAACAUCCCGAGCUCGAUCACCAGCACCAGCACCCCGAGCUAGGUCGCCAGCACCAGUAUCCAGACGGAGCGUCAGCCCUCAGCCUCAGGUUGCUUCUCCACGCGUGGACACUCGGAUGAGCCAGAAUAGUGGCAGGGGCCCGAGCCCAAGUCCGAGUAGUUAUCAUUCUAACAGCAUGCGAAGUCAAUACAGUCCAUCGCCCACUCCCCGCCGUACUCAAGAUCCACCCUAUUCUCCAAACGAUUUUGCUCGGAGGGCCUCGCCCGCUAUGAGUCACCGUGCUGUAUCCCCGCAGCCCCAGUUCAGGCAGCAAGCUCGUCCUUCUAGUUCUGGUGGUAUGGAGCUGCAAUUGUCUGGAAGCCACGAUAUGUACGGCUCUAGCAGUGCCAGUGCAUAUGGUGGCUCGGUUCGAGGAAGCAGCCGCCCAUCAUCAACUUAUGGUGAUGGCCCGCCUAUUGGCCGGUCUCGGAGCCGUACCAUGGCUGUUGCAGAGCCUGGACGCAAAUUCAGCCGCGAUGGCCGUCCCAUCCUGCACUUCGCUCGUGCCAUGUACACCUACAAUGCCGCGAUCCCUGAAGAGCUCAGCUUUGGCAAGGGCGAUGUCCUUGCCGUCAUUCGCUUGCAGGAUGACGGGUGGUGGGAAGCCGAAGUCACCAACGCCCGUGGCCACCCUGGUCUCGUGCCAAGCAACUAUCUGCAAAUCAUCUAA